CAUAUGAUAUAAAAAAUAUAAUAAAGUAGAAAGGACUUUAAGAAGAAGAAGAAUGGCAUUGUUGUUGGUAUGGCCACUACCAGACAUAUGGGUCCCAUUUCUCAUCACUCUCUACAGCACCUAAUCCUCUCUCUCCAUCUCUUUCCUUCUCCCUCAAUUCUCAACUCUCUCCAGAUUUCAAGAAAACCCUUAAAAUCCUCUCUCUGUCUCUUUCUGUUUGUCUGUUUUGUUGUUUCCUUCUCUCCUCUUUCUUUGUCUCCUUUCGUUUCUGCACUCCCAGGUUUUUUCUUUACUCCUUGACUUCCCAAAAGACUCUCUCUUUCUCUCUUUUGGGUUUAGCUUUGGAUUCUUAGGACUCUUUUCUUUGUGGGUUUUUGUUGCUGCGCUCUCUAAAUGAUUACUGAGCUUGAGAUGGGGAAAGGUGAGAGUGAGCUGGAACUGGGUCUAGGGCUCAGUCUAGGCGGUGGAACGGCGGCCAAGAUUGGUAAACCAGGCGGUGGCGGCGCGUGGGGAGAGCGUGGGAGGCUUUUGACUGCUAAGGAUUUUCCUUCUGUUGGCUCUAAGCGAGCUGCUGAUUCUGCUUCUCACGCUGGUGCAUCUCCUCCUCGUUCAAGUCAAGUUGUGGGAUGGCCACCUAUUGGAUCUCACAGGAUGAACAGUUUGGUUAACAACCAAGCUACAAAGUCGGCGAGGGAAGAAGAAGAAGCUGGUAAGAAGAUAGUGAAAGAUGAUGAGACUAAAGACGUGACAAAGAAAGUGAAUGGGAAAGUGCAAGUUGGGUUUAUAAAGGUGAAUAUGGAUGGAGUUGCUAUAGGAAGGAAAGUCGAUCUGAGUGCUCAUUCUUCUUACGAGAAUUUGGCGCAGACACUAGAAGAUAUGUUCUUUCGCACUAACCCCGGUACCAUCGGGUUAACGGGUCAGUUCACCAAACCGUUGAGGCUCUUAGAUGGAUCGUCUGAGUUUGUACUUACUUAUGAAGACAAGGAAGGAGAUUGGAUGCUUGUUGGUGAUGUUCCAUGGAGAAUGUUCAUCACCUCGGUGAAAAGACUUCGAGUGAUGAAAACCUCUGAAGCUAAUGGACUCGCUGCAAGACUUCAAGAACCGAAAGAAAGACAAAGAAACCAACCCGUUUAGCUCUCUCUUUUCCACACUACGCUGUUACAGGGUUUUCCUUUUUUUUUGGGUUUUGCAAGUCUGAGAUACUUCUGAAGCAAGUAUAAGGAAGAAACAGAAGCUAGAUUGAUCUUAUCCAGUCUGUGUAUGUUUCUUGGUUCUUCUAAUGGUUUGUCCUGGUUUUUUCUUUAGGUUUUUUUUGUUGCUGUAUUUUAUUUUUUGGUUGCGAUUUCAGCUUAUACUAUGGAAGAGAAUGCUCUUAAUUUCUUUCACUACACUGUAAAUAUUUGAAGCUUAUCUAAUAUCGUUUUCAGGGGUUUUGUUUAUGAGUUUUGCUCUGCUGAGUCAUCAUAAUGCAUUUUCAGUUACAAAAAACA